AUGUCGCAGGUCACAGCCUUGGCUGUGCUCAGCAUAGCAUUAGCGAAAAAUUCGACGGCAAAAACGAAACCGAAACGACAGUUAGACAACAUAAGAUCGCCACAAAAUUUACAGUAUUCUCUUGUAUUGCCACACUCAAGAGUACAAAAUUUUAGAGCACUGACAAAUAAUCGUAGAAUUUCACAUGGGCCGACAAAAGGAAGGUUACCACCCUAUGCUGUCCAAAUGGAGCCGGUAGUUCAAUAUUCGCAGAAGGAUCCUCUAUACGACCCGACACAAAGUAACAUAGAUGAUCGUGUUGUUAACAAAAAUGAAAUAUACGCGCAAUCAAAAAUUUUAAACGUUCAAGAUGAUUCUAUCGAGGGUUAUGGUCCUCCAUAUGGAACUUUACCAACGGCUCCUUUGUACAGUCAUGAACCUCAUCCUCAUUACUACGAAGCUCCAGAACCAAUUAUUGAAAUAAUUAUUAAGGAAUCGAAUGAAACACUGCCCGCACCUCCACCCCCACCAGUUCAGAAAAAAAAGAAAGAACCUGUUCAUGUGUUCUACGUAAAGUAUAGCAAGGAUCCACAUUCAAAAGAUAAAGUUAUUUAUGAGAAGCCAAUCCCUGCUAUUACUCCACCAACGAAUGAGGAAGAUGAGCGUGAACACGAACAUGGAUACGUCACUGUGACACCUGAACCAUAUGUGCCACGUGAAACGACUACAUUAAGAGCUAUUAUUAAACCCGAAUCCGAAGUAUAUCAUAGUGACAGUAGCGUAAAAAUUUCAUUUGGUAGUGAAAGUCAUCAUUAUGGUGACCGACGGGAUGAACACCAUUCAGAAGAUCACGAAGAAACAGCGCCAAAACCUGCCAUUGCGCAUCCUAAUCAACCUUUGGAAUCAACUCAUCCUGCCUAUCCACAGUUAGAGCGUUCUGUAUCACCUAAACCUUUGCAAAACUUUGAUUCUAAUCCUAGAGCAAUUUUGAGUCAUCCACAUCAUCAACUUUCUCAACCUCAUUCACAAUCUUCUCAUGUUUAUCGAUCUGGACCUCUGCAGGCUCAAAGUCGAAUUCAAUUUCAAGCCCCACAAGGAUCCAACGAGCAGCAAUUACCUAGACAAGGUCCUACUGUAACAACUUUUAGGCAAUCACAACCUUCGUCUUCCCGUAUUCCAUUUGCACCGGCUCCGUCCUUCAACCCUCCUUUUUCGAACGGUCCUGUAGGCCCACUUACACAUUUUAAUGGACCAACUCCCCAAAGUCCAAUUGGUUCACCAUUCCCUACCGCAUUCCCCCGAACAAAUAAUGGACCAACUUUUCAUUCUCGUAACAAUCCACCUAACUUUGCCCCAAGACAACAGUUUAAUGGACCGCCAAGAGUCAGUUUCCACUCGGGACCUCAAAGACCUUUCUCGGCUCAAACGAAACCAUACUUCGAUGAUCCGAAAUACUUACAAGAAAACUACCACACAAUAACAACUGAACAAGUUGACCCACCAAAACAUCAACACUUACCAAGUAGGCCUCUCCAUAAUUUCAAUCAUCUUUCUCAACCCAACCCUAGUGCAAGCACGGUUCAGUUCCAAGACCAUCGUCGUCCAUCCCCAAUACUUCCUCAAAACCAACAACUUCCUCAACACAGACCACAUCAACAGUUUGUCGAAACAGCUCCUAGCAAACCAUCAUUAGUAAUUAACCCAAGUCCAAGCACUUCUCCUUUCUUUAAUCUUAAACCUUCUCCUCCACUAGUAGAAGAUAACCGUUUACCUUUCCAACAGCAUCCUUUGCAGCAACAACAACAGCAACAAUUUAGUUUCCAUCAAGGACCACAAGUCCUGCAACCAAGACCCACACAACAAGCUUCUUUACCACCACAGCAUUCGUUCCCAGGACCUCUUUCAGCUUCACCCUCACCCAUUCCUCAUAACCAAUUUGUUCCGCAAUCCUCUUCUGCCUCUCUUUUUAACUUCCAUCCUCAACCGUCACCAACCCCGGAAGUAUUUCAACAUCAAAACCCUUCGGAAAGACCACAGUACCAGCAGCAUGGGCUAUCUGAAAGACCAUUCAGUCAACAUCAACAAAAUAUUGGCUCAUUAGUACCAAAUGGCGGUGAGCUGGUUGCUUCUGUGCCUAAAUAUGAGCAACAUAUAACGGUUAAUGGUCCCACAGUUCAGCCAUUCAGAGGCUUAGGAGAUCCUAGUCCUAGUCAACCCUCACCAACUCCUAGUCAGCAGGAACAGAUAUAUCAACAUCAAUACCAACAAGAACAACAAAAACAACAACAGCAACAGAGACAGCAGCAGCAACAACAACAUCAACAGCAGCACCAGCAACAGCAGCAGCAGCAACAGCAACAUCAGCAACGUCAGCAACAGCAGCAACAGCAGCAGCAGCAACAGCAGCAGCAGCAACAACAGCAGCAGCAACAGCAACAACGCCAGCAACAACUACAUCAGCAGCAACUACAAGAACAGCAACAACAGCAAUUGCUACAACAACAACAGCAACAAAAUCAGCAAUUACAGCAACAGCAGCAAUAUCAGGAUGAACAAAGGCAAGUUAGGUUACAGUUAGCGCAAAAUGUACAAAAACAGCAAGAAGAAAUUCAACGCCUUCAAGCACAGUUAUUGAUUACUCAACAGCAACAACAAAAACAACAAGAACAUCUGCAGAACAAUUACCAACAGCAAGUUGAGUCUACUUCCCCAAGAUCACAAUACAUUCAAGAAAGAUCCCGACCACACCCGACUUUUCCUACUAGCACCGCUUCCCCCCCAUAUUAUCAGUCGUCUAGAACAGUUGAAAUUAAACCGACUACCCAAAAGUAUGCAAGUUCUACACCAAAUUCAGUGAGUUCGACAUCGGCACCAAGAACAGAAGAAAAAAAGCAAAAGAAACCUGCAUUUGAACUUCCUGAUGAAGUCCCUGAUGACCUUCGUGAACAGUUACUGUCAUCUGGUAUUUUAGAUAACGCCGAUAUUAGUGUAUUAGACUAUGAUAAAGUAGGAGAGACGCCUUUAGAAUCUUUGCCCCCUGACCAGUUGGCUAACUUCUUUAGCGCUGGUGGUGGACACCAAAUUGCUUCGACUGAAAAUAGGCCCGUAUAUGUGAAACCCAAUGGUGAUCAGAUCGAAUCUCGAAUCGAUGAAGAUGUCGAUGACGACCAGGAAUUUGCUGCAUCUGAAAAUGUACCCAGUUUUGUUGCUCCUCCAUCAAAAGACCAAGCUGUUGAAAUGAAAGUUGUACAUUUCGAUCCUGCAACUCUUGAGGGACAGAACGUAGCUAAAGAAUAUAUUCAAGAAAACGCAACUCAAAUUGAUCCAGUAGCAUUAAACGAUAAGAAGUAUAACAGAUAUUUGCCUUUAAAAGUUAGCGGAAACCAGUUCCCUCUUCCAGAUAUCCUUAAAGGGAGAAAGAUUACUUCAGUUGUUGUAUUAGCUCCAGUUGAAACAGAGGCUUUGUCAAGUCAUUCAAGGUCUGAGCGAGCGACAGACAAGGAUAAUUUGAAAGGCAUUAGGUUUAUAGCUGGUGAGAGCUUACAUGAAUUACUGAAGCGUCCGACUAAGGAUAAUUUUGAAAAAUGGCUGGACGUUGAAAAGAAAACUGAAACAGACUUGCAAUCAGUUGUCUUACUUGUAACUGGAGAUGGCGAUGCUACUGGUGAAAAAGAAAUCUUCAUGUAUGACAUCGCAUCAGGCAACGUAAACAAAAUCAGUGGCGAUCUUUCGAACGCUUUUGUUGAAGCUGCGGAGAACAAUUCCCUUAGUAAAGAUUUUGACUCACUGGCUAUUGAGGGAGAAGGUAUUCCAGAAAAUUUUGACAAAGAUUCUAAAGAUGUGGCAGCGGAAGGAUCUGAAAAUGUGCCAUUAUUUGUAGACCUAUCAGGUUUAAGUUUAGAUCAGAAAAAUGUAAACCAGGUGUCGAUAUCCUCAAGUUAUAGUAAAACAAAACUCGGCAGAUCGUUUAGGCGACAUUGA